AUGCUGUCUUCGAACCCUCUGCUGUUGCCGCUCUUUGGCAGCGUCGCGAGCGCGGCGAACCUCUGGGCCACGCACUACUCGGGCACCCUCAACUACCUCACCUUCAACGGAAACUCGCUGAGUUUGACCAGCUCGACGCCCACCGGCAACACGCUUCCCAGCUGGCUUACAUAUGACAGCGCUGGAAAGGCCAUCUAUGUUCCAGACGAGAACUUCAUGGGAUCCAAUGGAGGAACCCUGGUCUCCUUUGGCGUUGGCGCCAACGGCAGUGUGAACCCAUCAGGCAAGGCACCGACACCCCAGGGAGUUGUUGCAACCACGCUCUACGGAGGCCAGGAUGGACGUAGCUUUAUUGCGAAUGCUCACUACCAAACGUCCCAAAUAACAACCUUCAAGCUUCCGCUGAACGGCGGUCAGCCGCUUCAAGCAAUAAAGUACACGGGAAAAAGCAUCAACCCCUCCCGCCAGGAAGCUCCUCAUCCCCACCAUGUGCUUGUCGACCCCACGGGAGACUUCCUCCUUGUGCCGGACCUCGGAACGGACCUGAUCCGGAUCAACAAAAUCGACAAGAACUCCGGCAAGCUGACCGAGUGCCCCUCUGCAAAGGCGGUCCUUGGUUCCGGCCCACGACAUGGAGCUUUCUGGUCUCCAUCCGGUGCCUUUUCCCGUGUUCGCCGUGCUGAGGGCACCAUGCUCUUCAUUGCCGACGAGCUCUCCAACAGCGUGUCUGGAUGGGCUGUCACGUACCCCCAGGGAGGAGGCUGCAUGACCCUGACGCUCAAGCAAACCUUGACGCCUUACCAGGGUAACGCCACCGCCGUUUCUGGCACAAAGGUCGGUGAGAUCAGGGUCAAGGGCAACUUUGUCUACUCGUCCAACCGCAACGACAAGAAGUUCAGCCCCAACGACUCCAUCACCCAGUACAGCAUCUCGCCCAACGGAUCCCUCACCUGGACCGACAUCACCUCGUCCUACGGUACCUACCCUCGUACUUUCGACAUCAACAAGGCCGGUGACUUUGUUGCCAUUGGCGACCAAACCACCGCCAACGUCGCCAUUGUCGCCAGAGACACAAAGACUGGAAAGCUGGGUGCCAAGGUCGGAGAUUUGAGAAUUGGUGCUGCUGGUAGGCCCGAGAAUGAGGAUGGUCUUAGCGCCGUCGUCUGGGCCGAGUAG